AAUUGGUGUAUAUGCUCAACCAUCUGGUUUUUAAGACUAUCCAUCUUAAAGUUACUAAUAUAUAUUAGCUUCAUGCUAUUAAUGGAUAAAAUAUACUGGUGCUGAUGUUUUUAUUAUUCCUUUUGAUGAAAAUUAAGAAUAUUACGAUAACUUGCUUUAAAAUAUAAACGGUGUAUUUUUCACUGGAGGUGGUUUGGAUAUACAAAAAGAUGAUAUUUGGUCAUAAAAUGCUAGUUAUAUAAUCAAUUUAGGACUCAGAAUGAAUUAAUAAGGUUAGUAUUUUCCUAUAUGGAGUAAUUGUUAGGGAUUUGUAAUUAUUAAUAUAUGUACUAAGUGGUUAUGACAAGAAUAUUUUAUAAAAAAACUUAUAAAAUGAUAUUAAUACGAAUAGAAACAUAGAAUUUAAAUAACUUUAAGAAGAUAAACUUUUUAGCAAUUUAAAUUAAGAAUUAAUAGAAUAUUCUUAAGAAAAAACACCAUUUUAUUCUUAUCAUGAGAUAUAUAUAAAAAUGGAAGACUUUAAAAAAAAUAAUGAAUUAAAUAGCAUUUUCGAUAUAAUAGGAAUUUCUCAAAAUGGAAAUAAAAAUGAAGAAAAAUUAAAAAAUAAUAGCUUAUUAUAUAAAAUUUUAAACAUGAUAGGAUUUUAUAAAAAGGAAGAACAAACAUAAUAUAUAGCAUCAAUUGAAGGAAAAAAUUUACCUUUUAUUGGAUUAUAAUUUCAUCCUGAAUAUGUAGAUUAUGAAGAAAAUUU